GUAAACCUUGGAUAAAUGUUUUUUUUUUCUUCUCGUCUGGUGGAUAAAUGAUUACCAUUAUCUCUAUGUGAUAAACACAAACUUGUGAUAGCAGUUGAGGCUUGAGCACAUGUUGAGCAGAGGACUGAACAGUAGGUAUCAGACAAAGUUUAAUAAUGAAACUACAGUGCCAAGUUGAAGUUAUUAAUAGAGUGCACAGUAGUUUGAACAUUAGAUCUAAUGGCAAAUAUUUGAGAUCUACAGUAGCUUUAGGUAAAGAACCGAAGAACGAAUAUGAAUAUUUUAUACUGCUUUUCUCUUCUAAUAACAAAAAUGGUACAAAGUAUAAAGUGAAAUGUAUGAAACAAGUAUUUGUGAAAUGUUUGAAUGAAGGUAAAGUUACGUUAAGAUUCGAUGAACCUCCUCACGAUUUAUGUAUUAAAAGUGAAGUUAUACAACUAAAAAGUUUUAUGAGGUUACUUAAAUCUUGCAUUACCGGUGAUUCGAAAGACUUAAAACUAGCCAACUUAUCUUCUAUUGGGGUAACAGCUAAAGAUAUUGCACCUACUAAGUUAACAAUCAACGAUCGAUCGGAGUUUCCAGCUAAAGGGCUCCCACGUACACUGAAGUCUCUUUAUAUUGUUGGACUCAAGCUGUGCAAUUUUCGGCGGGAUAUUUUACUUCUGAAUCAUCUCAGUAUCUUGGAUUUAAGUAAUAAUGAAAUAGAAAAGAUACCCCCUGAAUUUGGCAGAUUACCAAGUUUAAGUGAACUGUAUUUAUCGAAUAAUUCUCUUGGUCUUAGUAAAAACCCUGAUUGGCGGUGGCUUUUUGGACUUCAGGUAUCAAAGAAGCUGAAGCUUUUAGAUCUCAGUGGGAACAAAUUAGGAAAUUUGCCAAAAGAUAUUUGGAAACUGCAAAACUUAGUUACAUUAAAAGUUGAUAACAAUAGUCUUAAUAAAUUACCCACUACUUUGGGUCGCAUCAGUACUUUGAGGUAUCUAUCAGUGUCUAAAAACAAUUUGCAGACUUUACCAUGCAGUUUGAUGCACUGUGGUUUAGAUCAUAUAGAUAUCUCAACCAAUAAUUUUACGUCUGAAACAAAAGGACCAAUAUUGACUGACUUUACGCCUUGGGAGUUUUACAUUAACAGUUUAGUUCAUAUUGCAGCUAAAACUGUUUUAAAGCACAAGUUUUUCUAUGCGCCCAACAUUAUACCAAAAACUUUAGUAGAGUUUUUAGAUAAUUCCAAUAUGUGUGUUUGUGGCAAACCAGUGUUGAAUGAUAAAUAUUACAUUAUUAAGCAAUUUGAUCUCAAAGACUUUAGUAUAAGUAGACAUGUAAUUUUUAAUUUUUUUAAUAAGAAUUCAUCUGUUGGCAUUGAAUGUUUCUUUUGUUCUCCAAAAUGCUUUAUGAAGUAAUUCUCAAAUAAUGAAUAAUAAUAAAUUCUUUUUUUGAU